AUGGAUGACACUUGGGGCUCUGAGCUCUGGUUCCCCAACCUCAACUCCUCCUGCAGGCGUCUGCUGCGACCACGAUCUGAGACUCUUCUACUCUACACCCUAGUUGCAUCUGUCUCUGUGGUAAAUGUGACACUCAAUUUGCUCAUCAUCAUCUCCAUCUCCCACUUCCGGCAGCUCCACACCCCGACCAACACUCUGCUCCAGUCUCUGGCUGUGUGUGACCUGGCAGUGGGGCUGCUGGUGAUGCCUGUCGAAGGCGUCCGCUACACUGAGUCAUGUUGGCUGCUGGGGAGGAUCAUGUGUGCUUUGUCUACUUAUCUUUUUUACUUUUUGCUCUCUACUUCUUUGGGCCACAUGGUGCUCAUAUCCAUCGACCGUUAUCUGACUAUCUGCAAACCACUGAGCUACUCCUCUAAGGUCACUCUGACUAACGUUAAAAUUUGCAUCUGUCUCUGUUGGGCCUGUUCAAGUACCUACAACGGUUUAAUUUUACUAGACCACUUAGUGCAACCAGACAGAUACAGCUCCUGCCAUGGGGAGUGUGUGGUGGUCAUCAACCAGAUUGCCGGAACUAUUGACUUAUUUAUAAACUUUAUUGCGCCCUGUACUGUCAUGGUUGUGCUAUACACUAAAGUGUUCGCAGCUGCCGUUUCCCAGAUGCGUGUAAUUCAGUCACAGGCUGCUGCUACCAAGGCAAGAGCAGCUCCAACUGCUAGAACACCACAGAUAAAAGCAGCCAGGACUCUGGGGAUUCUGGUAUUUGUGUUUCUAAUGUGUUACUGCCCAUACUACUAUCCUAUUCUUGCAGGUGUGGAUACCUCCAGCAGCUUGUCCUAUUAUGUGUUAUUGGUUUGGAUGCAAAUAAUGAACUCUUGUUUAAACCCUCUGAUUUAUGCCAUAUUCUACCCCUGGUUUAGAAAAGCUAUCAAACUCAUUAUCACACUCAGAAUACUGCAGGAUAACUCCCGGGAGGUCAAGAUCCUGUAG